AUGACAGCUAAGGUAGCUGAUGACAGAACCAAGGUGGCUGUUGACAGAACUAAGACGAUUGAUGACAGAACUAAGGUUGCUGAUGACAGAACUAAGGUAGCUGAUGACAGAACUAGGGUGGCUGAUGACAGAACUAAGGUAGCUGAUGACAGAACUAAGGUAGUAGCUGUUGACAUAACUAAGACAGCUGGUGACAGAAUUAAGGUAGCUGAUGACAGAACUAAGGUAGCUGAUGACAGAACUAAGGUGGCUGUUGACAGAACUAAGGUAGCUGAUGACAGAACUAAGGUGGCUGUUGACAGAACUAAGGUAGCUGAUGACAGAACUAAGGUGGCUGAUGACACAAUUAAGGUAGCUGAUGACAGAACCAAGGUGGAUGAUGAUAGAACUAAGGUAACUGUUGACAGAACUAAGGUAGCUGAUGACAGAACUAAGGUAGUAGCUGUUGACAGAACUAAGACAGCUGGUGACAGAAUUAAGGUAGCUGACGACAGAACUAAGGUAACUGUUGACAGAACUAAGGUAGCUGAUGACAGAACUAAGGUGGCUGUUGACAGAACUAAGGUAGCUGAUGACAGAACUAAGGUGGCUGUUGACAGAACUAAGGUAGCUGAUGACAGAACUAAGAUGGCUGUUGACAGAACUAAGACAGCUGGUGACAGAACUAGGGUGGCUGAUGACAGAACUAAGGUAGCUGUUGACAACUAA